AUGCGCAUGACAAGAGCCGCGCUACGGGCGCAAACACAAAUCGACGACCCAUUUGAGUUGGAGCAAACAAUACAAGGACACGAAGACGACUCAGUGCGAAGAAAGACGCGGUCGACGACACAGAUUUUCGAAGAGGAGGCUGGUACGAAUUCUGGAAUAGACGACCAGCAAGUCGGAGACCUUUUUGUAAGAGCAGCGUUACGCGAUAUCACGGACGAGAACUAUCCGAAGGCUGACGGAUUUGAGAAACUUCAGUCACGAACACCUGCGAAGACACGCCAGCAAGCUGGUGAGGAUACAGAGGAGGUAGAAGAAACGCGAGAGUUGAGAAAGUCAGCACGAAAGUCUAAAGGACAAGCUCGAAGCCGAUCCAGAAAGAAGACUGGUGCUCUCAUUGUCACUGAGGCUGUGGUAGAGCUAGAGACUGAGGAGGCACGAGGAGAGCUACUGUCACAACCAGAAGUAGACAUCGAACCUGAGAUUGUUGACCUGCAACAAGACGAGCAUGCGCCUGUAGCAAAGCCUACUAUUGUUGGUCCCCAGACUGAGCCUGAGUCCGACUCGCUGAUCGUCAACGAGAUUUCUUCAGAACCUGGUCCAGCAAUUGAGGAAGGGCCAGAACCUGAACUAGAAGCACUACCAGCCGGAUCAAAGACACCAAAGUUCGAUCCUGAGAUUCACACUUUGCAAGACACAGACGAGGCAAGUACGGUGGAAGACUCCUUCGCCGAAGCAAUCCGAAGCCGCUCGCCUGCAAAGUCCAGCUUGCUCGACCUUGAGCCGUCACAAACAUCAGAAACAGUCAACAGCAAUUUACAAGCACAUGCACAAGCACCUCUCAGACGAGUAUCAUCCACCAAAUUCGAACAGUCAUUCGAGGCGAUGGAUUCUCUAGAGGACAACAUUGAGCAAUUGACUGCUGGUUUCGCGAUCCUACCUGCUGAAGAUAUGCAAUUGAACGAAUCUCCCAUCAAGACCGAAAGACUGUCAGUUAGACUACAACAUUCCACCACACCGAAGACUCCAGCUUCAAGAACUCCUAGGUCUGGUAAUAGGCCCCCCUCCAUGCUCAGAUUGCAAGAGAAGGAUAAAGAGAACACACCACCAACAGCUAAAACUCCUCUGAUGAAAGCGAAGACCCCUCUUACAUCCAAGACGCCUGCAACGAGUCGACAAUCAUCGCUGAAAUCUAGCACUACGCCAGCAGUAAAAUCAACUAGCCCAACUAAGGCUGCUCCUCCUCCAUCGGCUCGAAAGUCUAGCACACCUUCGACCGCAGCCACGCCCACGACGUCAAGAGAUGCAAUGCAGAAGACAGCAGCAACUUCUCCAGCAAAGCCAGCAGUUCGCAAGUCAGUAAUCAAUGCCAACAGCAACACCAAAGAGAAUGCCGAUGCCAGGAAGUCGACCGCAUCUAUCCAGCGAAGGCUGACUAACAAGCAACCUCUUGCCAAUACCACGAACACAAAGUCAGAAAUCCUGCCUAAGAAGCCUACCAUGACUGCCACGACUCUGAAAACCCAUCAAUCCAGCCUGUCUUUCUCGAAUUCGCCAGCUAAGCAACGACCAAGUAUGCACACGAGACGAGUCACUAGUGGCGGCAUCCUCUCCACCAGUAAACCUGGCUUCAUUCCAGCCAAAUCUAGCAAGCCACCAACAAUCUCCACCUUUGCACUUCCAGGAGAAGCCGUCGCUGAGAAGCUCAAGGCUGCAAAAGAAGCUCGAGAAGAGAAGAUGCGACAACCAAAGAUCACUCCAGCUGAGCAGAAGGCUGCCAAACUGAAAGCUGAACGUGAAGCAAGAGAGGAGCGAGUCAAGCAGAACCAGCUCAAGGUACAAGAGAAGGAGGUUGAAAAGCAGAAACCUGCAAGACCGGUAGCCUCCAGCACAUUGACAGUAAGCAAGGCCAGAGCGCAGGCUGCGGAACGAAGCAGACAAGCGAGCAAAGAUUGGGCAGAAAAGAUGCUGAAGAAGAAGCAGCAUCAGCAGACUCAGGAGGAGACUCCAACCACACUAUACGAGAGUGCCAAUGCUGCUAUCCAGUGCUAG